AUGAAGCUUCACGCCAGCCUCUCCGAAGACCUCGCCGCGUGGGCGCAGCGACAACCAGUCUUCUUUACAGCCUCGGCAGCCACCCACGGCCGCCACAUCAAUGUCUCCCCCAAGGGCAUGACAGACACGCACUUCGCCGUGCUGGGUCCCAAUCAGUGCGCAUACAUCGACCGCACCGGCUCCGGCUGCGAGACCAUUUCGCACGCCUACGAGAAUGGCCGCCUGUGUCUCAUGUUUAUGAGCUUCGGCAACACGCCGCGCAUUCUGCGUUUUUUCUGCCACGCUCGCGUCGUGGAGUGGGACCAGCCCGCAUUCCCGGACCUUGUGCGCACCGUUGCAAAGGGGAAACGCGAGGCCUUUGAGGGCGCGCGCGCCGUCAUCCUUUGCGACAUCUGGGAGGUGCAGACGAGCUGUGGCUACGGCGUCCCGCGAGUCAAGAAAGGGCACGGCGGGGACGACAAGCUCGACGAGUUGGCCGUCUUUGAGGCGCGGCCUACCAUGGACUCGUGGGCGGCCACCAAGGCGCAGAGCAACACGCUGCAUGCGUACCAGGGCCUCAACAACAGCAAGAGCAUCGACGGGCUGCCGGGCCUGCGUUCCGCGCGGCGAGACACGGGCCAGACGCUGUGGGUUGGAGAUGCAAGAGCGCGCGUGAGGCGCAUCCUGGCCGCGCCGGAAGCCGUUGCUACCGGGUUUGCCCUGGCCGUCGGGCUGUACCUGUUGAUGGCGGGGUUGAAGGUGCUUCUUCUCUCGCCGCUGUGA